AACAAAUCUCAUCAUAACAGUUACCCAGGCAACCAAAAACCGCAAUAGCAAAAACAAAUCAGACAGAGAGCGAGAACGAGACAGAUAGAAAGCAUGGAGAGGGAGAGAGAACAACAGGUCUACUUGGCGAGACUUGCAGAGCAAGCUGAGAGAUAUGAUGAGAUGGUAGAAGCAAUGAAGAAAGUUGCAAAGUUGGAUGUGGAAUUGACAGUGGAGGAGAGGAAUCUGGUGUCCGUGGGUUACAAGAACGUCAUUGGUGCUAGAAGGGCAUCGUGGAGAAUACUUUCUUCCAUUGAACAGAAGGAGGAGGCCAAGGGGAAUGAACAGAAUGUGAAAAGAAUAAAGGAGUACAUGCAGAGUGUUGAAGAUGAGCUUGCAAAGAUCUGCAAUGAUAUAUUAUCAGUCAUUGAUCAGCAUCUCAUCCCAUCCUCUUCAACUGGGGAAUCUACUGUCUUUUACUAUAAGAUGAAGGGAGACUAUUAUCGUUAUUUGGCUGAGUUUAAAGGUGCUGAUGAACGUAAAGAAGCUGCGGAUCAGUCCCUCAAGGCUUAUGAGGCAGCAACCUCUACUGCGAUCUCAGAUUUGCUUCCAACUCAUCCAAUUAGACUUGGCCUGGCUCUAAACUUCUCCGUUUUCUACUAUGAGAUUUUGAACUCCCCCGAAAGGGCCUGCCGCCUGGCUAAACAAGCAUUUGAUGAUGCUAUAGCAGAACUUGAUAGCCUCAAUGAGGACUCCUACAAGGACAGUACCCUUAUCAUGCAGCUACUUAGGGACAAUCUCACUUUAUGGACCUCAGAUCUGCCAGAGGAAGGAGGUGAGCAAUCUGCAGCUGAUGAACCUAAGGCAGUGAAUUAGCCGGGAUUGUGGAGAGCAAUUCUUUAAGAUUGGGUUAGCUGAAGAAGGGAGGAACAUGCCAGAAUGACUCUCAGUAGUAGUACAGGGAAUGGUGGACCAUUGGCAUGUAUCUAUUUGCUGAACAAAUGUUUUAAGACCCUUCGUUGUGUCUUCUUUUUCUCUUAGAACACUCUACUUGGAUGAUUGUGGUCUGCGUUAAAAAUCUAUAGCUUUAACGCCCCUUAAAUUGCCAUUGCAAAUCAACAGAUUCGUUUUCACGCA